UUUGUGUUCCCUUUUGUUUAAAGUAAAAAAAUAUGAAUUUUCUCUCAUUUUUACUAUAUUGCUGUAGUUUCAAAUGUUGAUCAUCAUUGAUUUGAAUUGCGGCUUUUUAGUUCUAUUGUUGUGGUUAAAGUUGAAAUUAGUCUACAUUUGCUUGAAUUAAAGUCUUAUGUUCAUCAGAGUUUAAUCAUGACGAAAUAGUUCUCUCAAUGUAUAUACCAGUUGCAUUAUAUUUAUUUGUUUUCUCUUCUUACUGCAUUAAUCUGGCGAAUGAUUAACUUUGUUUUGAUGAGUAGAUUUCAAGUUCUUGGAAGAGUAAUAUCUAGAAUCUUGACUUUUCUCAAGUGGAUGAGGGGACUGUUUGGAAGUUGGAUUUUAAUGAAGAGGAUAAGAAUGGAAGAAAAAGUCCUCACUUCUUUGCCUCUUUGGACCAAUUUAAGUCUUCUAAUCAAACUAUUUCUUAUCCAAUUUUAGCCAUAAGUGUCAAAAAGUUUGACUUACAGCUAAUACCAAACCUUCAAGAAGUAUGCUUCUUGGCAAAAAUAAGUUGAUGAUGAUCAGGUUUUAUUCUCAUUUCUUGAAAAGACCAUUGAAGUCUUUUCUUUUUACAUUGUUAGUUAUCGUUCAGAUAUUUUUAUCUCGAUAAGAUUAAAGCUUGAAGCCACUUCUCUUGGGGUAUCUGGAUUAGUCGGCCAGUGGAUUCCGAAUACCAGAUGGUUAUAUAAAAAAAAUAUCUCGUGGGGUAGUUAUCUCUUCUCAGGUUAAAUUUGAUUCCUUUUUGUGUUUCAUUAUCUUGUCCUCUUGUACUACUUGUAGGUAAGAGACGAAAAGCAAGUUGAAUGGUGGAUGACAGCCCUUUAUUUCUUUUCUGGAAUGUUAUAGCUAAGUUGUUUCUAGUACUACAAGUUCCAUUGCGACAUUAGCUAAGUUGUUCCUCUGUUCUUUCUUAGGCAAGAUGUUGGAAAAUGGAGUCGAUGAGGAAGAAGGACGUGAUUCAUUGUUGCAGAAGGUUGAUCCUGGAAAACCUCCUUUACUCGCAUGGCAGCGGAAGCUAAAUUGUUCAGGAAGUACCCCUACACAUUUUGCUCCUAGCAUUCGAGAAAUUUUACACCUCCUUCCACUUGGUCUUAGGUUGUGGAGGCAUAUAAAUGAAGAAGCUGCAAAAGGAACGCCAUCAAUCAUGGAUCCGUACAACAAGCGUCUUCUCUCAUGUUAUCAUGGCGUUCCAUUAGGUGGUAUUGGUGCAGGAAGUAUUGGAAGAAGUUUGAGAGGUGAAUUUCAGCGCUUUCAAUUAUUCCCCAGAAAAUGUGAAGAUACACCUAUUCUUGCAAACCAGUUUUCAGUAUUCAUUUCUCGCCCAAACGGAGAAAAGUUUUCAACAGUACUAUGCUCUAGAGGUCCGGAAGAGCUCAAAACGAACACAGGAUUGGGUAUUGAAUCAUGGAAAUGGAAGCUAGACGGGGAGAAAUGCACAUAUCACGCUUUGUAUCCAAGAGCAUGGACUGUCUAUGAUGGUGUUCCAGAUCCCGAACUCAGCAUUGUUUGUCGUCAGCUUUCACCAUUUAUUCCACAUAAUUAUAAGGAUAGCAGCUUGCCGGUCACUGUAUUCACGUUUACGCUUUCUAACUCUGGGAAGACUGAUGCUGAUGUGACCUUACUUUUCACAUGGGCUAAUUCGGUGGGUGGAAUCUCAGAAUUCUCUGGCGGACAUGUUAAUAAGAAGAUUUUGAUGGAAGACUGUGUCCAUGGCAUACUCCUCCAUCACAACACUUCAGAUGGACUCCCUCCGGUGAACUUUGCCAUUGCAGCUCAAGAAACUGCGGAUGUCCGUGUCUCAGAAUGUCCAUGCUUUUUGAUAUCUGGAGAGUCUGAGAUUAUGACAGCAAGGGACAUGUGGAGGGAAAUCGAGAAGCAUGGUUCAUUUGACCAUCUUAAGGAUGCUCAGACCUUGAUAACAUCGGAAAAGGGAUCAUCUAUUGGAGCUUCCUUAGCAGCAUCUGUUAAAAUUCCACCUGGUGCUGUUCGGACAGUUACUUUUUCACUUGCCUGGGACUGCCCAGAAAUAAGAUUUCCCAGCGGCAAGACUUACCACAGACGAUAUACAAAAUUCUAUGAUGUUCAAGGUGAUGGUUCAGCUAUUAUUGCCCAUGACGCUAUUCUAGAACAUAACAAUUGGGAGCGUGAGAUUGAAGCGUGGCAGAAUCCAAUACUUGAAGACACAAACCUGCCAGAAUGGUACCGCAUCACUCUUUUCAACGAGCUUUAUUAUCUUAAUGCAGGGGGCACGAUUUGGACAGAUGGAUCCUUACCCAUGCAAAACUUUGGAACCAUUUGGGAGAAAAAGUUUUCCCUCGAUAAAGCCAAAUCGGAUUCUCAGAAAACAUUAAAAUUGGAUGAAAAACAUGAGACCUAUAUGGGAUUACUUUCUAGGAUGAAAUCUACUGUUAACGAACUUCAGACUCCGGUGGCAUCAAACUCUGCUUUUGGUACUUAUCUACUUCAAGAUGGAGAGGAGAACAUUGGCCAGUUUCUUUAUCUUGAAGGGAUUGAAUAUCACAUGUUUAAUACCUAUGAUGUUCAUUUUUAUGCGUCAUAUGCACUAUUAAUGCUCUUCCCAAAACUUGAGCUGAGCAUCCAAAGAGACUGCGCAAUGGCGGUAAUGAUGCAUGAUCCAUCUAAAAUGAAUAUUAUGAGUGAUGGAACAUGGGCCUCCAGAAAAGUGCUUGGAGCCGUCCCUCAUGAUAUUGGACUUAAUGAUCCAUGGUUUGAAGUAAAUGCAUACAAUUUCUUCAACUCAGACAGAUGGAAGGACUUAAAUUCGAAAUUUGUCCUUCAAGUUUACAGGGAUUUUGUUGCUACCGGUGAUAAAAAUUUUGGAAAAUCUGUUUGGCCAUCAGUAUACAUAGCUAUAGCAUAUAUGGAUCAGUUUGAUAAGGAUGGGGAUGGCAUGAUUGAAAAUGAAGGGUUCCCUGAUCAGACGUACGAUGCAUGGACUGUUAGUGGAGUGAGCACAUAUUGUGGUGGGCUCUGGGUAGCAGCUCUGCAAGCUGCCUCGGCGAUGGCUCGUGAGGUUGGUGAUGCUGAAGCUGCUGAUUACCUUUGGGCAAAGUUUCAGAAGGCAAAAUCCGUAUAUGACAAGUUAUGGAAUGGUUCUUACUUUAAUUAUGACAAUAGUGGUCGUAGAUCAAGUUCUUCAAUUCACGCUGAUCAGUUGGCUGGUCAAUGGUAUGCGAGAGCGAGUGGUCUUUCACCUAUUGCUGAUGAAGAGAAGAUAAGAACUGCUCUCAAGAAAAUCUAUGAUUUCAAUGUGUUAAAGCAUAAAGGAGGGAUUCGAGGGGCUGUAAACGGGAUGCAACCAAAUGGAAAACCUGAUAUGUCUGCUAUGCAGUCAAGAGAAAUAUGGACAGGAGUCACAUAUUCUCUUGCUGCUAAUAUGAUACAAGAGGGCUUGGUGGACAUAGCAUUUCAUACAGCAAGUGGAAUACACUCCACAGCUUGGUCAGAAGAAGGUUUUGGGUUUGGUUUCCAAACGCCUGAGGGAUGGAACACAUAUGAUCACUAUAGAUCACUGUGUUACAUGAGGCCCUUAGCAAUUUGGGCAAUGCAAUGGGCUCUGUCAAAGACAAAGCUUCACAAUCAGGAGAUGAAGCACAGUGCAAGUGAGAAUUCUUUGUAUGUAAAGCAACAUGCAGGAUUUCAAGAGGUUGCUCGCCUUCUGAAGUUACCAGAAGAAAAAGCUUCUAAAAGUUACAUUCAGUUGUUGCAUGAGUUUCUUUGUAAGAAACUAUCAAUUUGAUUGUCGAAACAUUGGAAAUCACGUCUCUGUAUUGUUUUGUUUUAUUUUCCUCGAAAUGUAUUCCUCAAUAACAAACUAGCAGAGCCUGUUUUUAACUGUAUGUAAAAUGCUCAAUGUUUUUUUCUUUCAUUUCCUUUCUUUUCUUUUCCCAAGGGUAACUAUUGAAGAAAUAAAGAACAAAUGCUCAUUGAAAUGA